GGAAUGCUUCGCAAGUCUAUUGCCGUAGGGCUGAAAUAUUUAUGACCUUUGAUGUUACUGGCGGUCUGAUUACAAAUUAAGUACUGUGCUGUAAGCGGUUGUAAGGCGAAGUAACUGUAGUGUUGUUGUUGAUGACCGGUAUAGUAUUACGACUGCUGUAAAUCCAAAGACAUAAGCUGAACUCUUCGAAACUUCGUUCAUGUAGGAUUCACGAAUGUAUAUAGAGAAUGGAUCCUUUGGUAACAUCAACUCACACAAUUGAUUUCACAGAUCAGAUAUUCCGAGUUGAGUUUUCGCCAUAUGAAUGGUCACAGAAUAUAAUUUGUAUCGCCCUUGCAAAUAAAAUUGCUGUCGGCAAUGUGAAAUUUCAGGAGGAAGAUGAUGAUUUAGAAGAUGAAUUAGAGUUCCAGUUGUUAAAAGAGUUUCACCAUGAAACACGUGUAAGUGCUCUAGCAUGGAGCCCUGAAACUUCGUUAAGUGUGCUGCCAAAAUGUUUAUCAUUUGCUAGUGCAGGUGCAGACUACAAGCUUCGACUGUUCACCAGUGAUUUGGUAGCCAGUCAUACAUUACAGGUCCUCUGUGGUCACACAAACUAUGUGAAUUGUGUAACUUAUGAUCCAGAGGGACAGUUUCUGGCUUCAGUUAGUGAUGACCAUAAAUGUAAGCUCUGGAACAUCAAGGAAGAUAACAGUUGCACUGCAACAUUUUUCCUCACUUCUCCAGGUAUGGCUGUGUGCUUUCAUCAGGAGGCAGCUGGUAAGCUGCUGGUUGCUGAAAAGAAUGGAGUCAUUCACCUUUACAACGUUCUGAGUCACCAAGCCAUUCUGUCUGUAGACAGUGGAUCGAUUCCACUCAUGUCAGCUGAUUGGUCUUCCAGCAACAGUCUCUAUGUCGCUGCAAUUGCAGCUGGAGAGUUGUUGGUAUGGGACAUUUCUAGGCCCAGUCUGCCAAUAGAUGCACGACCUGUUCAUGUUGAAGGGGGCCAGUUGCUACGAUUUUCCCAGCUAAGUGAUCAGUAUAUCGCCACAGUUGGUCAGGCUGAUCUCCAGCUAAAGGUCACAUGUAUUAAGAGCAAACAACCGGCACUGACAGCAUCACUUCAGCUUGUGGGUGGCUUGACGUGGCAUUUUCGUUUACCUUAUGUCUGUGUGGGGAAUGAUCGUAAACUUUGCUUCUGGAAAGUUGCUACUAAAUGAGAGGAGGAAUACACUGUCAGGACAGGCAGAUAUCCUUGUAAUGUUGAGAAAUAAAUUCCCAGUCAGAAGAAUACAGAGCAGUAACUAAUUAUGAAAGUCAAAGGAGCAGGAAAUCAAACAGACUCCGGUUGUUAUCAGCACAAGGUUCAGAAGAUAACACGUGUAUUAACUGAAUUCAAUUAAUCAGAAAUGUUUAUAGAUAACAAAUGGAAAGAAGUCAUUAGUACUGAAUGUGUUGUUUGGAAAUACAAAUUUCUGAUUGAUCUGUUAUGUGAAGUAUCAGUCAUGCUGGACACUCAAGUAAUCCAUUUCUCUAAAGUGUAUGAAGUUUUUAUCAUCUGCAAAAUCUCAUAUAGAUCCUGGAAAUGGUUAUCUCUUUGUUGGUUCUGGAAUUAUUCAAAAUAAUUUAUAAUAACCUAUUAAUGAAAUGCAAAGAAACAUUUUAUUAAUGCCAUAAUGUCAAAUAUCCCUAGUGGAUAAUAUGUAUUAAAAUUAAAUUUUUAUUACAAAUUUUAAUAUUUAUUGAGAAUCUCCUUCAGAUCCAUAAAUGGCAGGAGAGAAAAACAGAAGUUGGACAUAUGUACAUAACAUUUCUGCUGUGCCCUGAGUACAAAAAGCACAUUAAAUAUGAUACAAUUAGUUAUACUUUCAUUUGUCUUGUAAUAGUCUUAUGUAUGUUCUUGCAUCUGUAGUUUUAUAUAUGAAUAAAGGAGAUACUGGGAUUUAAUAAAUGUAAUUCAGUAAAAU